UCUUCUCCAGUUAACUUCCUAAAUGGCUUCUAUAAACUUUGAAAGAGGAAAAUGUAUUAUCUGCCAAGAUGAUUUUAAAGACAGUAACAGCAAUGUUGUCAAGCCAACUGUGGGACAAGCAAGAGGUGUUGCAACCUUGCUUAGAAUAAGCAAAAUGAAAGAUGAUGAAGUUUAUCAACAUAUGAAAGUAGCCAAACUUGAAAACGCACCUAUUCUAUAUCACAUGAACAAUGCUUGCUACAGAGUAUACACCCAAAAACGGCAUACUGAAGAAACCAUUGAAGGAAUGGUUGGAAACACACCUCAUUCCUCAACAGCACAACCCAAACAAAUGAAAUGUUCCCUUCCACAAAGGAAUGAAGAAACUGAAACUGAUACUGAAAAAACCAUUGAAGGAAUGGUUGGAAACACACCUCAUUCCUCAACAGAACAACCCAAACAAAUGAAAUGUUCCCUUCCACAAAGGAAUGAAGAAACUGAAGAAACUGAAACUGAUACUGAAGAAACCAUUGAAGGAAUGGUUGGAAAUACACCUCAUUCGUCAACAGCACAACCCAAACAAAUGAAAUGUUCCCUAACACAAAGGCCCUCUGUUGAAGCUGUUGAUGUACCUAAAUACCAGAAUGUUUGUAUAUAUUGUAAUCAGGUCACAAAAAACAAAACAUGAAAAAUCCCGAAUUUCUGAAGAGAAGAAAGCUACCGAGUUUCUUGUACAAACCCAACACUUACAGGAUGAAGUGUAUACCAGCACCUGUCACCUCACUGAUGUGAAAGGAGUGAUUGAAGCUGAUCUCUUAUACCAUAACUAUUGUUACAAACAAUACAGCCAUAAAUACCAGAAAAGUACUGAUUCAAAUUCUCUUCAUGAUAAAUCAAA